AUGGAACCUAGCUCGACUGUCAAGAUUGCCGCGGACGGUGAUGUGAUCCUAGUCGUUGGCCCGAAAGCAAUGAAGCUUCGUGUUCAUUCGCUUUUUCUCAAGGCGGCUUCAAAACCCUUCUCCGCCAUGUUCGGGCCAGACUGGAAGGAAGGCGAUGAAAUGACCGGCCGAGACGGGCCAGUAGAGCUACCGCUGCCCGAAGACAAUGCCGCAGCGAUGAAGCUUAUCUGUGCCAUCAUUCACCAUCGGAACGAAGGAAUCCCUUCCACGCUUCCUGCUCUCAACGUUCUGGAAAUCGCUGUUACAGCGGACAAGUACGAUUGCGUCGAUGCUCUGAAGUUUGCCAGUCAUACCUGGCUUCGUCCAGAUGAGCACGAUAUGAGCGAUCUGAUGCUCCUUGCUGCUUCGGCGUAUUUAUUCCGGAACGCACAAGCGUUCAAAGAGAUAACCAAAGCGAUGAUACUUACCCACAGCGGUCCGUACCUUGCUCUGUCAUGCGAAGAAGUGGAGUCUGCGAUGAGCUGGAAGGUAUUCUGCCAUCUAGAAGAGGCGAGAAGCUCUGCAAGGCUACAGCUAGCAGAAAUCCUUCUAGAAGGGGUGAAUGAUUCAACUGUGAGUUGUUGUCACAGGUGUGGAUGGUCGAGCAAAUAUGCAUAUGCAUAUUUAAAGUCGUUGAAAGAACAACACCUUUGGCCAACGCAUUUAUAUCGCACCUCCAUCUCCGAGGUUCUCGAGUCAGCAGAGAAGAUGCCCGAUCCAGUCCCUACGGAAGAUAGUGGUCCGUGUACUUACUCGUACAAGCACUGUACGCCCGAGUAUAGAAGAAACCGUCGUUGGAGCUUGGAUAGGUUGAACAACAGCAUCGGGCUUUGUCUACAUUGCGUUCGAUCAGGAAGGGCCAGUGCGUCCUCUUGUCAAGUCACGCAUUAG